AUGUGGAAUGAUGAUCCGUCUGGAGGUGGCUUCCUUAACACCACAAAUCAAUUUGGAAAUACUGCAACACCUAAGAAAACGGGUCGUAGAGCGGCACGGACAGCACCUAUAGUCAUCAGGCAAGCUUUGCAUUCUGGAGAAGAAGGUGUGAAAAUAUGGGGUACAGAAAUUCAAAUAGUGUCAAUAGUUGCAAGAAUCAGGAGCAUUAGAAUGCAAAGCACUAAAAUAACAUAUACAAUCCAAGAUAUAACAGGGAGGAUGAGGGCUGUACUCUGGCUCGACCAAGAGGCUAUGGAAGUUGAAGAUACCUCAUCACCUAAAGUUCAAGUAAAUGAUUACAUACAAAUUUAUGGCAAUGUGAAAACGAAUAAAGGGACAAAAAUACUCAUGGCAUUUAAGAUAAUGCCAGUUACUGAUGUCAACAUUAUUACAUUUCACUACUUUCAGUGCAUUCAUAAUAAAAUACAAAUGGAAGCUGGCUCAAAGAAGGAAAAAAAUAUUCAAGAUGUCCCAAUUAACAACAUGCUGCCUGCAAAUUCAAUGGUUGGAAUUACUGAAACCUCUUCAGUGAAUGGCUUAAAUUCUCGUCAGAUGAUGGUCUUCAACCUUAUCCGUGGCUCUACUGUUGAACAAGGAAUUAGUAAACAAGAUAUGUAUGCCUCACUGAAAGAUCGAAUGACAAAAGUUGAAUUUGAAAACAUUUUGGAAUGGAUGUGUGGAGAAGGUCAUAUCUACUCAACAAUUGAUGAAGAGCAUUUUAGAGCAACUGAUGCAUUUUAAAAGUUAUAUAUUUCAUUUUUUAAAACUUUUAUGUAAUAAAUAUUUUGUACCAAUUUUUUGUUAUUGCUCUAGU